AUAGACGAAUGUGAAGAAAAGAGAUGCGGAAAGAACGCAACUUGUACGAACACUGAAGGAUCUUUCAGAUGCACCUGCAAUAUUGGUUACUAUGGAGAUGGAUACAAGUGCACAGGUAUACCACUGUUAGUGCAAACUUCCAGAGAUAUAGCAGUUGCAAGCGAGGGUAAAAGACGGCAAUGAUUGAUCAUCAUCAGAAAAACAGCCUGAAAUAUAAUAAUGUUUACCGGUUUGAGGUUGCCAAUAGUUCCUGGUAAAAAAAAUUCGGUUAAUAAAGUGUUAACAAUAACUAGUGCUCUAGAUGGAGAAUUUUCUUCCUCUUGCGUAUGUAGAAAAACCAAUGCAUUGAACACCAACGAAUCUUCUGUAGUCUUAGUCUGAAUUUCAUCCGAUCGCUUCGAGUCGUUUUCUCCUCUCGGCAACGUCUGAAUCGACCAGCCGUUAAUGCCAUCCAGUGACGUCACUGCUACCCGAAAACCGGGAAGUGAUUUUGAUUGGCUGAUUGUCUAAACAUUCGCAUAAUUAUGUAUAAUUAUGAGACAUUUUAGCGGGAUUAUCGCUUGAUAUUCAGCGGAUCGCAUGAGUGACACGCUUGCGUGGAGUUCAAGCAUUUCCAUAAUCUUUAUCGUAAACAGCAAAAUCGCCCUUUUUUUCGAAACUGAAUCGCUAAAUUGAACUGCGAAUGAAGAAUCAUUGCGGAGAGUCGGUAGGUUUUUCAUUUAGGGCCGCUUUGUGGUUUCCGCAGUGAUUUUAUGCGAAGUUUCUCAGACCAAUGUCCUGUGGUCAUUCGACUUUCUUGCUAUUUUCACCGUCAAGUGUAAUGAUUCUGUUAGCUCUUCAGUCUUGUUUCCUUGUUUUCUUUUUUCUUUGUUAAGGAUGAAAUAGCUUCCCUUCAAUUAAAGGAAAUUGUUGUGUUUUUUAACUAAGUGUUCCGUGUGUGUUUUUAUUGCGUGAUUGCGACCGAGUCUGAAUUACAACCGGUUCAGAGUACUAGUUGAUAGUUUGAACGUUAAACAUGAAUUACGAUCGAAAAGAGUAAAGCAAUUCUGUCAGCUGUUCUGUAUCAUGUAGACAUUUCCAAAGGAUAUUUCUUGGUUUGCCACUUGAAAAUCGUGUUUCACUUUUUGCAUGAAUUAAAGCAAAGGAGUAGUGACUUCACUGGACGGCAUUAACGGCCGGUCGAUUCAGACGUUACUAAGGGAGUAAUAACGACUCGAAGUAAUCGGAUGAAAUUAAGGCUACUAUAGUCUGAGGCAUUGGAUGCUUUGACAGUUAUGAUCGUAAAUCAUGUAAAUCGUAAACUUUUAAAGAAAACAUUAUAAAAGAAAGGACUGGUUUGUCUUUUAAGGAAAACUCUUUAACAACUGCCUCUACAACAUAGUGUCUCAUCACUUGCAGAAAUGCUGAUCAGUCUGAUAUUUUUCUAACGAGGUGAAAACUGGUUUGGCUGCUUCUUCUGUUUAAUUCAUCUCGAUCUUUAUAAUAAUUAUGCAAAUGACAAUUUCACUAUUAAAACGGUCUCCUAUGGCUUCUCUUUUAACACGAACAGAUUGAUUAUCUCACUGUCACCUUCAUCUCACUCUCUGAUCUUAAAUAUCUUUUGUUUUCAAACUAGAGUGUUACACAAUAUUUGACUUCGAAGACCAUGAUUUGUCAAAUUGGACUUUGAAUGGCACUGCAUUCAAUAAUCAGCCAACAUACGGGAAUAACACAUCACGAAGGAACAGAAAGAGCAACCACAAAGGGGAUUGGUGGAUUGGUACUCUCGAGAAUCGGCCCAGUCCCUCUGAACCGUCUGGGAGAAUGCAAGGCGACGGUCCUCAAGGUUCGUUGACGUCACCCAGUUUUCAGAUUACUGGAAAGUUGCUUACCUUCCUGAUUGGAGCAGGCUGCGAAGGUCAUACAGGUCUAAACAUUCGUGCCGAGCUUAUUAUUGGUGGGGAAGUGGUUCGCAAGAAGACGACAAAGGCGUGUAAUGAAGCUAUGACAGAGAAAAGCUGGAAUGUAACAGGUUACGCUGGUAAACAUGCCCAGUUGCGUUUGGUUGACCAUUUCUCAGGGCACUGGGGUCACGUCAAUUUUGAUCACUUACAAGCUUGCCAUAAACUCAUUUCAGAUACGGAUCCUUGA